UUUAAUACUUUCGUUGUUUCUUUUCCGUUCGCUCUCUUAUACCGUAUCGCCGCUGGCCGGUCUGUAAUAUCACACCGAAAAAGGACUAUUGGCAGCAGUGUUUCGGUACUGUACGAAUAGACGACAAGUUCAACGAGGGAAAACGAGACUGGUUACUAUCCGCAAGGAAAGAGAAACGUUUUGGGAACAAGAGAAAGGCAACUUAAUCUGGGCUUGACAAUCAACAUUCAUUCAUUAUGGGAAAACUCAUCAAGAAUCACUGGGCCCGUCUCAUUAUCUUGAGCGCCGCAGCUUAUCAGAUUGUGGCUGCCAUAGAGUGCUUCUUUUGGCCCAAGAUCUUCUGGGACUUCCUUACGCGCACCCUAGAUGGUGCAGUAAGACCGGUACCGGCUUUACAAAUAAUAAAUCUACUCUUGGGGCUGGCCAUGCUAGCUCUCGAAUGGCCUCUCAACUUCGUCGCCGGCUCAGCUCUCCACCGCUCGCUAGAAUUCCGACUUGCCAUCCUUCCUCUCACAGCACUCAGUGCUGCUCUUAUCUACCAAGGCACAAACGCCGCUAUCUACUACCUCAUCGGCAUGAUCGUCUACUUCUGGGGUUACAGCGAAGGCGAGAUGAUCUGCGCAAAACCCUGGACUCUUCCUAAUCGUGGGCGCAGCGGCGGCGUUACGCGUGCAUAGUCGCAGCUUGCCAUGAUGGAUGUAUAAUACUACAAAAUACAGAACGGGGUAUAGCAUGACUUCUUAAUUGAACGCCAUCUCUAAACCUCGAAUUUUACAAAGAGACACUGUUACACAUAUACCCUUUUGCGGCGUUUGGCGAUUUUUCAUGAUAUACGACCAUCAGACCAUU